AUGUUGCAUAGAGUUCCCAUCGUGGCCAGAACCCGGCCAAUUGCAUGCCAAUUGCAAUUUUCCAGGUUCAACUCAUCCAUUAAAGACUCGGUGAAGAAAGUGGCACACGAUGCCAAGGAAACCCUUCAAGAACAAACAGAAACUUUCACACAGAAAGCCAAAGAAGGUGCUGAAACGAUUGCUAGCCAAUUUAAACAAGAAAAAAACAUCAACUCCACUGUGUUGCAAAAGUAUAAAGAUCAAUUAUUGAAAAAAGCAAAAGAGUUGGGAGUGUCCAACAUUGACGAAUUGAGAGAAAAGUACAAGGAUCAGAUUGAAAAAGUAAGGAGCGAACUUGGUGCAGUUGACCCAUUGGAGACUAUUAAGAAAUGGGAACAAGAACAAGAAAAGGAUAAAUCUGAUGGUUCAGUGAUUAAUGUAAGAUCACCAAGAGAUAAAACAGCCGAAAAAGCUCCAUACAAAAAGUUGGACGACUACAUUGAUGUUGAAAAAGUAAAGCCGCUUCCUAGAGACCAAAUUGAACUCAUUUGGAAAACCAGAUUUCAGAACGACCCAAGAUCGUUGCAUGCUGUAAUCAAUAACCAACAAUUUGAAGAAAUCACUCAAAAUGCAUCCGAGUACCCUUUUUUUCUCUUGCCUUUACCGAAAACAAAUGAAAAGGACGAACACAAAGGUUACCAGUUGGAAUUUGUGCAAUGGUCCUUUGUUGGUGCUAAUACAAUCCACUGUUUAUUCACAUCAUUGGCCGAAUAUAAACUUCAUGGCGAGUUUGCUAAGCCACAUGUCGUUUUAUCUUUCCACCAAGACUUGAAAAACGACAAAGAUAUUGUAUUGAUGAAUGGAUUGAACGAGAAAGAUGGUGGACUCACCACUCAAGAGGCACAAUUGUUGGUCUUGAAUUUGCAAAGAUUCUACAACGGUAAAGACCAAAAAAGACUUGCUUUGGUGAAGGAUUUCAAUACAGGUAGUGAAAACUUUAGUGUUGACAAAUUGAUUUCGGAAGCCACCACUGUCUAG